AUGCUGGUUCUAAAACUUCACAGGGAUGAUGCCAAUCUUAUUGAAGAUAUUGUAGAGGAUAUCUUUAGCAAAUUGAUCCACAUCUCAUCAAGCAAAGUCGAUGGCUUGGUUGGAAUGGAUUACCACAUGGAUGAAAUGAAGUUACUAUUACGUCCUGGGGCGAACGAUGUUUUUGCUGUUGGAAUAUGGGGUUUGGGAGCUAUAGCGUUACUUGGAAAACAACAUUCAUUUGGUGGUGGAAGUAGAAUCAUUAUAACAACAAGAGAUAUGCAAUUAAUAAGUGGAGCCGAUGCUGUAUAUAAGCCCAAGAAAUUAAGUGAGCCUGAAGCUCUUGAACUCUUCAGUCAGUAUGCCUUCAAAACCCACCAACCCACAAGAGAUUAUGAUCGUCUCUCGAGGCUUGCCAUUCAACAUGCUCAUGGUGUGCCUUUAGCGCUUAAAGUCUUGGGAGCUUUGCUUGAUAACAGAAGUGUAUGGGAGUGGGAAGAUGUGUUGAAGAAAACAAAGAAAACCCAGCUCAUGGGAAUUCAGGAUGUUCGUAGAAAGAGCUUUGAUGGGUUAGACAACUCAGAGAAGGACAUAUUUCUAGAUAUUGCAUGUUUCUUUAAAGGGAUGGAGAAAGACUGUAACUAA